UUAUUACUUUAUGAUUUUUGUUGCUUCUCAUUUUCAAUUAGAUUUGAUAUAGAAGAAGGUAUGAUAGAUCACAUUUUCCCUAAACUACAACUUUUGGAGCUCUUAGAACUUCCCAAUCUCACGAGAUUCUGCCAUGGAAGUUACGGUGAAUUUCCCUUAUUGAAAGAUCUUAUUAUAGGGAAUUGUCCUACGUUUGAGACUUUCAUCUCCAAAUAUGUCCCUUUGAAGUGGCCAUCAUUAAAGAGAAUGGACUUAUAUGGGUGUGACAAGGUGGAGAUAUUUUCUUCAGAAAAUCUUUUGAGCUUUGGAGAAUCAACAAAUCAACAUCCCUUAUUUUGGGUCAAUGAGGUCACAUUCCCCAAUCUGGAAAGACUAACAUUGGAGCAGAAUGGCAUUAUGAAAGAGAUAUGGCAUGGACAACUUAAAAGCAGAGGGUGAUAAAGUGAAAGGACGCGUUGUUUUUACCCGACUCAAGUAUUUGAAACUAAGCAAUCUACCAACUCUGACUAGUUUCUGCUUAGCAUGCCAA